AUGGGUUCUAUGUUAUGGAUAAUAUGUUUUUUUAUCUUAUUAUCAAAUGUUUUUGGUGCACAAUUUGAUUCACAUAUUGAAAAAUGUAAUUUGUAUCCUGAAAGAGGUACAUGUCACCAUACUUUUCAAGUUAAAUGGUAUUAUUCUCCAUUUACUGGAAAAUGUAAAAAAUUUUUUUAUUCUGGUUGUGAUGGUAAUGAUAAUAGAUUUGAUACAGAAGAAGAAUGUCUUUCACAAUGUACCUAUGGAAGAAAGGGUCAAGAAAUAGAAAAUUAUAAACGUUGCCAUGAACCAUAUGAUAAGGGUGAAUGUUGGGGUGAUUUUGAGAGAUGGUAUUUUGAUACUGAGAAAGGUGAAUGUAUCUGUACCAGUUACUCUGGAUGUGGAGGAUCAGGAAACAAAUUUUAUUCAUUUAAUCAUUGUAUGGAAAUUUGUGGAGAUUUUUCUAAAAGUAGUUUUCAAAGAAAUUACUAUGAAAGAAGUGAACAUGGUAUGGUGCAAAAACAAAGAUUACAAUAUCCUCAACAACAGGUAUCUAAACAUGAAGAAGGAAGUACAGUAUACUCUCAACAGCAACGUUAUGAUGAUAUGAUUCGCCAAAAUGAUUUAGCAUAUGAAAAAUAUCAGCAAGAAUUAAGAGAUCGUCAACAGCACCAGCAACAACAACAUUUUGAUUUACGACACGAUGUACAACAAGAUUCAAGAUAUGCUCAACAGCAAGAUCCAAGAUAUGCCCAACAACAACGUGUUUCACAACAAGAUCCAAGAUAUACUCAUCAACAUGAUCCAAGAUAUGAUUCACAACAAGAUCCAAGACAUGAUCAACAACAUGAUCCAAGAUAUGAUCAACAACAUCAAGAUCCAAGAUAUUCUCAACAACAUCAAGAUCAGCAGCAAGAUUCAACAUAUGCUCAACAACAUGCUCAACAACAUGAUCAACAACAUGAUCAACAACAUGAUCAACAACAUGAUCCACAACAAGAUCCAAGAUAUGCUCAACAGCAAAAAGAAUACGAGGAACGUCUUCGAGAAUAUCAUCGACAACGCGAAGAAUAUUUUAAACAACACCAUAAUAAGCAAAGAAUGGAAGAGGAUAGUGAAACACACAAGUCACAACAUGAAUCAGGACCAAUUUUAUCAUCAGGAAAUAUAGGGCAAAGCGUCACACUUACUCCUGAAGAUAUUAUACCACAUGAUCCACAUCCAUGGCAUCAGGUUGAGGCACAAUUUCCUGCUCGUCACCGUUGGACUCGUAAAUCUCAUAAACGCUCCAACAAAAAUGAUAUGAAGAAAAAUGAUGAAGUAAAAAAACGUAAAAUUCGUUCAACUGCUUAUCAAACUAAUUUAGUAAAUUACAAUUAUGGAGGAUCAGCUUAUGCAUCAUAUUAUGAUUCAAGAAAUUAUGUAAGAAAACAUUGGGAAAAUGAUAGAUAUCCAAUAAAAGAAGGAACAAUGGAAACUUUUAUUGCAUAUGCUCCAUAUAGAAGAUAUAAUAGAUUAACAACUAUUGAAAAGAAUGAAACAUUACCAUUUAAUUUUAAUAAUAAUUUAUUACGAGAUGAACCAUUAAAACAUGAUUCUAUGAUUGAACCAAUUAAUACAGAGGAAUUGACAAAUUUUAAAUUACCACAACAUUUAACAAAUUUACCUUUACAUGAAAAAAAAAAAUAUUGGAAAAAAAUUGUUAAUAGAAGAUAUGAAGAAGCAAAAAAUCAAAGAAAUCAAAGAAUGAAAGCUGUAUCAAUGUAUACAAAAUUUUUAGAAAAUGAUUUAAAAAGUAAAAUGCGUGGUAAAAUUAAGGUUCAUUAUGUUCCAGAGUAUAAGUAUUAUCUUGUGAGAAGAGAAGAAUAUUCUGGAGACAUAAAUAAUUUAAAGACUACAAUGAAAUCAUAUGUAAAAAAUAAUAAUGAUCAAUCAUAUUAUAAUCAAUAUAUUACAACUACUGAAGUUCCUAUCACAACUUCUCAGACAGCUGGAAUAACAACAAGAUCUCCAAUACUUUAUAUACCUACUCCACCUACUACAUCAAGAAUUUAUACUACACCUAUAACUACAACAACUACUACAACCACUACCACAACUACACCUAAACCAACAGAAAUUAUAUGGGAUUAUUAUUCAAAAAAACCACUUGACAUUGAAUCAACUACCAAUGAAUUUACAUCAUAUUCUAAUGUUCGUUCACAAAAACCUAAAAUACAAUUUUCUCCAAUAAGGCAAAUUAUAGAUUUAGAUGAUUAUCAAACAUUUGAUAGUAGUUCCCAAGAAGAUAAUGAUUUUGAUGAUACAAUAACAACAACAUUAAAACCUAAAGAAUUAUCAAAUAAAAUUAUCAUCCAAACAUCUACAACAACACAAUCACCAAUAAUAGAUGAUGAUCCCAUUCAAAUAAUAUUUCCAUCAAAAAAACCAAUCAAAAAUAGUUGGACAUUUGAUGAGAAUGAGGAUGAUGAUGAUGAUGUUUUUUUCUUUAAACCACAAGUUGGUAGAAGAAAUUAG